AUGAAGUUACGCAGGACACAGGUAGCCUGCACACACCUGAAAUCCCCCAGGAGACAGUCCCAGAUGGCCCUGGUCACCCAACCUUGCAGUGCCCUGGUCACCCGACCGUGCAGUGCCCUGGUCACCCGACCGUGCAGUGCCCUGGUCACCCGACCGUGCAGUGCCCUGGUCACCCGACCGUGCAGUGCCCUGGUCACCCGACCGUGCAGUGCCCUGGUCACCCGACCGUGCAGUGCCCUGGUCACCCGACCGUGCAGUGCCCUGGUCACCCGACCGUGCAGUGCCCUGGUCACCCGACCGUGCAGUGCCCUGGUCACCCGACCUUGCAGUGUCCUGGUCACCCGACCUUGCAGUGUCCUACACG